AUGUCUGAUAUGCUUAUUGUUGUCAAACCACCAUCAGGAGAUGCUUUGAACAAAUUGAUGACAUUUUUGGUGGAAAAUCGUCUGGAAUUUUCAGUCAGGCGCAGUGAACCAAUUAAGGUAUCAGAAACCCCAACAUCAUCUCAGGCUUCGGAAAAUAUCGAUUUUUCUACAGCGAAAAAUGUUCAAAAAAAAUCAAAUUUUGAAAUUCCAAAAAUCACAUCAAAUGAGAGAAUUAGUGAUAAUCUUGUUGAUAAUAAGCUCAGAAUCCCACAGUCCGAACCGAUUGCUCAGAUUAAAAAUAAUACAGCGACAGCUGAAAAUUACGAUUCUUCGGGAAAUAGCGAUUUUCCAACAGCGAAAAAAGUGAAAUUAGAACCUGAGCCGGAAAUUAUGGAGUCCGAAAAACCACAAAUUUUCCCAGGGGCACCGAUUGCUCAUGUAACAAAUAUGCAAUCCGGAGAUUAUGAUCCUGGGACGUCGAUAUCGGGCAAAAAGCCACUUAUCUGUCAACUAUGUGGCAAAGGAAUCAUUAAAACGACAGGACCUAGUCGCAAGCAACAUGCGAUCCAUCAUUUGAAACUCAAAACGUCCGAGGAGGAAAAAAUUCAAAUUGAUGAGAUGCAGAUCAAAUGUUUUCCUUCGAAACCAAUUCACCAAACGAGACACCAAAAUGAUCACUAA